CGCGUACUCGAGACUGGAGCAAGCGUACCGCACCGCUUGGCCGCAGCGGGCCAUUACAUUCGCGUCAUGCACGCCAUGCACGCUGCACGACGAUUCCUUGCUGCGCCUUCGCUGCGGCAAGCAUCAGCGCCAGUGAGUCGAGCAGCACUCCACGCCAGGGCGCAGCUCGUUGCCCGCGGCUGCACGCGGUCGCCCGCGCGCGCACUAGCCGUGCCGGCGCUGCCGCUCUGGAAUAGCGCUACGCCGUUCGCGCUUGUCGCGGGCCCCGCCGCGCGCACAGCGCCGGCGCGGCGGCCGGACGCAACUCUAUCGUUCUUUGGCGGAGCACCACUCGCGCGCCGCGCGCUGCACGCGCUGGCGACGACGCCUCGUCUCGCGCCGCCGCGACCGACGACCCUCGUCCCGGCGCGCGGCGAGUCGACGAUGAAGCGGCGCAAGAAGAUGAUGAACAAGCACAAGGUCCGGAAACGGAGACGUGCGCAACGGUUGAAGAGCUCGGCGCGGCGCGACUAAGUAUGAGCUAGCGGCCUGUAAGACACUAGGAAUGCCAGCAGCCCUGGCAAAAAGCCGAGCGCUCAGGAGCGCGGCUGUACGCAAUCACUGCGCAUCACUAGACGUGCUCAGACGCUGGAAAACCUGCCUCUCACCUGACGUUUGGAAUUUAACAGACGGGUGAGGACACCAUCUCUGAGAGGCAUUGCACCCUCGUAGGACAAUAGGAGAGCCUCUGUUGGAGCAAACACCAUGCUCGCGGCCGACAAGCUCUACCUCGAGGGCAAGUUGGCGCGCGGCGUCACGCGCUUGAAAUGGAAGGAGUUCUCGCUGCACCACCUGAACCUGACGACCGUCUCGACGCAAGCCUCGGUGCUGGCCGGGUUCGGCUUCGCGGCGCUCGUCAAGUUUCACACGCACGAGGAGACGCACGCCUUCCUGCUCUUCGGCUUUUACACGUGCACGAUGCUGCAGCUCUCGGCGAACAUCCUGUGCAUCGCGACCACGACGAUGCUGAGCGUCUGCGGCACGUCGCUGUCGAUGCGCGGCGCGGACGGGAGCAUCGUGCGGUCGGUGGACUCGAUCUACUCGCUGCGACGGCACGUCUUCGGGCUGUUCUGGCUCGGCAUCGCCGCGACGGUGUGGACGGGCAUCUUCUACUGCUGGAUCAUUUUCGACGUGGUCCACGCCCUCGUCUCGUCGUCCCUGUUGUUGCUCACGCUCGUGCUCCUGUGGCGGUGGCGCCGGCAGAUCACGGAGCUCUUCUACUUCGAGCGGGACGAGGCGACGCGGUUCUGCGACCUACGACCGCUGACGGGGCCUCGGGCCCUGCCCCGCGCGUCCUCCGCCAUCGGCUAAUCUAACUUGAAUGAUUUACG